UAUGAAGCACGACUGCAAAGAUAAUUCGGACGAAAUUCCUGCGAUUUGUAGCAAAAUCUUCGGUGUUAGUGAAUUACUUUAUUGUAAAUUUAUCUCCACAUAUAUUCCUAAACUUGAGGAGAAAUCAUGUUUAGUUGAAUACGAUUCGUUUGGAAAUUUGAAAACUCAAGUUCAUUAUCCAUUUAGAACUUUGGAGACAUGCGACAGCAGUAAUAUGAAUGAUUGUAGGGAAGGAGAAUAUAAAUGUAAAGAAGAAGGAAAAUUAAUUUGUUUAUCCAUACAUCAAGUUUGCGAUGGUAUAGGACACUGCCCGAAUAAUGAUGAUGAAAUUAAAUGCGGUUUUAAUUCAUAA